AAAAUUUACUGAUGCACCGAAAAUAAAAUGCGGGAAGUUUAUAGAUGUCUUUAGUAGGAUAAUAGAAGAUGGAUGAUAUAGAGGAUGUAGAAGUGGAUGUGAAUCAUCCAUCAGCAGGAACUAUCAGUGCUAUAGAUAAAAAGUCGGUACACCGGAUAUGUUCAGGUCAGGUGGUUCUAACUCUGGCUACAGCAGUGAAGGAACUUCUUGAGAACAGUAUAGAUGCUGGAGCUACUAUCAUAGACAUUAAGUUGAAAGAUUAUGGUAGUGAACAGAUAGAGGUUAGUGACAACGGAAAUGGCGUCCAUCAAAAUAACUUUGAAGGAUUGACACUAAAACAUCACACAUCAAAACUUCAAGAAUUCUCAGACCUGAUCAAUGUAGAAACAUUUGGUUUUAGAGGGGAAGCUCUCAGCUCACUUUGUGCCCUAAGUGAUAUGUGUGUUAGUACCCGGCACAAAGAUGCUGCAGUUGGUACCAAGCUCGAGUUUGAUCAUAAUGGGAAACUGUUGAAGCAGUCCAAACAAGCCAGACAGGUUGGAACUACUGUUACUCUACAAAAUCUGUUCUAUACUCUACCUGUGAGACAUAAAGAAUUUCAGAGGAACUUGAAGAAAGAAUUUGUAAAGAUGGUGCAAGUUUUAAACUCUUACUGUAUUAUAAGCACAGGUGUUAGAAUCACUUGCUCUAACCAGACAGGAAAAGGGAGCAGAUCAACUGUGGUUUCUUCUAAAGGAAAUGCAAAUAUGCUGGAGAAUAUCUCGAAUGUUUUUGGUCCUAAACAACCACAAAGUUUGUUGGAGUUUAAGAAAUAUGAUCCAAAUGAAGAUCAGUGUUCAGAGUUUGGAAUAAAGAAGGAUAAUACUUCAUUAUUCAGUAUAGAGGGCUAUGUGUCUAAAUGUGAUCAUGGUCAGGGUAGAAGUAGUACAGAUAGACAGUUCUUCUUUAUUAAUGGUAGACCUUUUGAUUCAGCAAAGUUGAGUAAGGUUAUAAAUGAAGUAUACCACCAGUACAAUAGACAUCAGUAUCCAUUUGUUGUCUUCAAGAUAUCAGUACAGAAAGAUAAUGUAGAUGUAAACGUUACACCAGAUAAAAGACAGGUGUUUCUAGAGGGAGAGAAAGUCAUUAUGGCUACAGUCAAGACUUCUCUAAUAACGAUGUAUGAACCAACAACUUCAAUAUUACAGUAUCAGAUGCCAGCAAAACUAACAUGUGGUAAAGCUGCUCAGCCAACUACAGCCUCUAAUUUUACAAGAUUGUCGAAGCAUGCAAGCUUAGAAAAGCCAACAGGUCUGACAUCACUAAUGAAAUUGAAGCGAUCAUUUAGUAGUGCAUUCUCUAAAGAUAAUACAGAUGUUGAUACAAAGAAAACUUCACCAACCAAAUCUGGUUCCCAGGUGAAACAGAGAAGAUUAGAUUCUUUUGUUUCAUCCUAUCAGAGUCCGGUAAAAACAUCCAAUGAUGGUUCAAAUGAUAGUAAUAAAGAAAUUAAAGAUUCUGAUAAUGAUGUUAUUAUAAUUAAUGAUCUUAAAGAGCAAAAUGACACUGUCAAGGAUUCUGUAAUUAUAGUAGAACAUAGAAGUUCCAGUAACACUGUGAAUAAAUUUGAAGAUACUAGUGUAUGUAAACAAGAUAUGAUUUGGGAUGAGCCUGGAAAACAAAUAGAUGAAACUGGGGAUAAUAAUAAUACAGGGAAUGAUGUUAAAAACAAAGAAUGUAAAAAUAGUGGUACGUUUAAAAAUGAACUUAGUUUGAUAGUAAAUGAUAACAUGAAAAUAGACAAUGAGUCAACAAAGCUUGAAGCAUCAGUUAUUUCCUCUAGACUUGGUAUAGCACAUGUUGAUAGAGAAAAUUGUGUUCAUAAACCCACCAAAUGUGUUCAAAAUACAACUUCUAAUGUGUGUUCUAGUACAGAAUGUGUUCAUGAUGAUAUGCAAUGUGUUCAAAAUAAUACCACAUGUGUUCAAAAAGAAGUAAACAAGGAUGGUGAAUUAAUGACUGAUAGUGAAAGAACUGUAUCUGAAGCAGCAUCAGACAAAGGAGAUCUGAAUGUGCAGGAGAACAAGGUAGAUAAAAGAUCUGAUGUAAAGAUAGUGCAGCAUCAAGAUGAUUUAAGAUGUAAGGAGAAUGAAUCUGAUGUAGGAAUUGGUGUAGCAAUCAUUCCACAUGAAACUGGGCAGACUCUGGGAGAAAAUGAUGAGGUAGUGGAUGUCACUGGUGAAAUACAUCUUGAUAUGGAGGAAGAUGUAGAUAGGAAGGAAAGUUGUAUAAGUUUCUCUAUGGAUAUUUUGAAAAACAGAUGGCAGUCCAGAGACAAGGUUGAUGAGAGCAGUAAAUUUAGCCGAGCAUUUCGUGCCACUAUAAACCCGGCAGAGAAUCUGGCUGCUGAGCAGGAGUUACAAAGAGAAAUCAAGAAGGAUAUGUUUUCCAAGAUGGAGAUAUUAGGACAGUUUAAUAAAGGAUUUAUCAUCACACGGCUGGAGAAGGACUUGUUUAUUGUAGAUCAACAUGCCACUGACGAGAAAUUUAAUUUUGAGACUUUACAACGAGACACCGUCAUACAGAGUCAAAAACUUAUUGCCCCUUUGAACCUUGAGUUGACCUCUAGUAAUGAGACGAUUCUGAUGGACAACAUUGACAUAUUCAGAAAAAAUGGAUUUGAAUUUAUCAUUGAUGAAGAAGGGCCACCCACACAGAGAGUGAAAUUAAUGUCCACUCCAGUAAGUAAAAACUGGAACUUUGGAAAAGAAGAUAUAGAGGAAAUGAUAUUCAUGCUGACAGAUUCUCCUGGGGUUACAUGUAGACCAUCAAGGGUACGUGCCAUGUUUGCUUCUCGAGCAUGUAGGAAGUCUAUCAUGAUCGGAACAAGAUUGAACAAAGCUGAGAUGAAAAAGCUUGUGUGUCACAUGGGUGAAAUAGAACAGCCAUGGAAUUGCCCACAUGGACGCCCAACUAUGAGACACUUGAUCAAUUUAGAUAUGGUCCCAAAAUAGAUCAUCCUGAAUUCCAUUUUGUGUUACUAUACAUGCCCUUUGAUACUCUUCAAAAAAGGAGAUAAGGAAAGAUGACUCUCCAGGAUGUUUUUUGGGGAGGGCAAGAAUAGCAUGUAUCAUCUUUCAUGACAAAACUUGUAUGAACUAUUUAGGUAAUCUUGUAUCGAUUUAUAAGGUUGAUAUUUAAGUACUGUGGUAUCUUGCAUUGUGUUAAUGAUUAUAUGACGUAAGAAGCAUGCUAUUUUUAGAUUAUUUUUUUAAAUCUCUGUCAUGAACAUCCUUAGUAUUAUCAAGAAUGUGUUUGUUAUUUGAUGAUUAUUGAUACUCUAUCUAAUUGUUGAGGUUUUAUGUAAGGCUUUUCUGUUACAUUUUUCUCAUAACUUCCUGUAUUGUUAAGAAAAAAAGAUGAAGUUGUGUAGGCUGAAAGUAUAAGAUAGGGGUAAUUUUAUUUUACCAACCAAUUUUUUAACAGAUUUUUACAAAUAUUCGUGGUAAAGAAAAGUGUUCGUAAUAUAAGAGAAUGUAAUAAAUUUUGAACUUUA